UGGUGAUGGUCGCGACUCCCCCAACCACUUAUCGUUAUGCGCCGUAUCCCCUGCCAUCUGCAGCUGCAGUUCAUGCUCACGCUGCAGCGGCACAAGCCACUCCACAUCAUCUGCUCGCGCCAAUUGUUGCUAGUGCUGCUACUCCAGGAACCGCGGCUAGUUACCAAUACGCAGCAGCAGCAGCCGCUGCGGCUGCUAACCCCACUGCUGCGACUGUUUAUGAUGUAAAACGGGCCCUGGCAGCCGCUGCGGCGGCCUAUCGCCCCCACCCAGCUGCUGCGGCUGCUGCUGCUGCUGCAUCACGAGCCGCUACUUUGACCUACUCCAUGAGUGACCUUCUAGGAGUUCAAGGUCUAGAUAUGGGAACCGCGGUUUAUCAUCCGAUACCUACUAUUGGACUAUGACCCACCAUUUUGCCGUUGUCUAGACCUCAGUAAGGAUAAUGGCAGAGUUUUACUGACCAGGACUGACUUUUACGGAAACAUUCCGGAUUUGGGGAGGUUAACAAAAAUUGUGGUGAAAAUCUUGGAGGGAUUUUAGGAAAAUUUUUAUUAAUUUUAUCAUAAUUAUUUCUUACCGUUCAGCCAAAAUUUGAAGUUUGUGCCAAAAAAAAAAUAGAUAGAAUUUAAUUUUAAAGAUGUCUUGGCAGGAUUUUCACCACGGAAAACGCAAUGUUCAACAAAACACUGUGAUCGUAGUGUGACUUAGAAAAAAGAAUUGUAGAAAAUAAUUAGAUGACAGCUAGAAGUAGUCUACCGCUCGCGGCCUCGGAAAAUCGUCAAUAGUAUUAGACUCUUAGAAAUGACGAAUCAGUUCAGCAACAAAAAGACUGGUAGGAGAAUAAUUAGGGACAAUUAGACGAACGUAGACAGUAGUUGUAGCUUAUAUAGUUGAAGACGAUAAACAAAGCGUUUAAAAAAAAGACAAGAAUACCUGGAGCUUGAAAGAAAAUUACAGUUUAGAGUUGUUGAAUACCGGCGUUCCGAAGAUCCAAUUCCAAUGAAUAUAAAUUUAAAAGGGGCUCUUAGAGCGUCGGAGGACACCUGGAUUUAUUAUCGAACCGCGACGUGAAUCGGUAACGACGUGUAGGUGGAAAACGACCGAUGGAACAGUGCAUUCUCUGCAUUCGGAUACUCUAUAGAUUUUCGUAUGUAGUCGAAGGAAAGAAGGAUAAUAACUAUGCCAGCUGCGAAGUACCUAAUUCAGUUUCGCCGUAAGCCCACCAGCUAUAUCGAAUAAUUAAGUUUCGGCGUCUAUCACAAUUACCGCUAAAAGCACUUCAAUUAAAAUCCUAUGGAACUUAAUGCCUUCAGCUGGCGAAGCAUGUCCGGGUAUUGCACCAACUGCUUUUCGCUCUAUUUCUCUUCCCAUUUAUUACUCUCCCCCCUUAUCAACCCUACCACCUCCCCCUUCGAGUAGAAUUCGCGGCCACUAAUAACUCAGGCAACAACAAAUGAUCAUGUUCAACAAGAUGGUCUUAGGAAUACAAUUUAUUACAUACCCUGACAUGACCAUGUAUGACCAGAUCAGGUCAUAUUAUUAAGUCAUAUGACCAGGUCAUAUGAUCAAGUCAUAUGACUAGAUCAUAUGAUCAGGUCAUAUGACCAGAUCAUAUGAUCAGAUUAUAUAUGGCCAGGUCAUAUGAACGAAUAAUAUGACCAAAUCAUGUGAUCAGGUCUUAUGACCAGACCAUGUAGUCAGAUCAUAUGAUCAGGUCAUAUGACCAGAUCAGAAGGUCAGAUCAUAUGACCAGGUCAUAUGAUCGAAUAAUAUAAUCAGGUCAUAUGACUAGAUCAUGUAGUUAGAUCAUAUGAUCAGGUCAUAUGACCAGAUCAUAUGACCAGAUCAUAUGACCAGAUCAUAUGACCAGAUCAUAUUAUCAGAUCAUAUGACUAGAUCAUAAGGUCAGAUUAUAUGACUAGAUCAUAUGAUCAGGUCAUAUGACCAGAUCACAAGGUCAGAUCAUAUGACCAGGCCAUAUAAUCAAAUAAUAUGACCUGAUCAUAUGUCAGGUCAUAUGACCAGAUCAUAUGAUCAGGUCAUAUGGCCAAAUUGUAUGACCAGAUCAUGUGAUCAAAUCAUAUGAUCAGAUCAUAUGACCAGAUAAAUUUUUUCACGGAUUUUUUUUCCCUAAACUUAUAAUUAAUUAUUAAAAAAUUGAUAAUUUAUAAAAUUUCAAACCUUUACUUAAAAAUAAAUCGCAAAAUUACGCGAGCAGAUUCGAUAACGGAGUGGCUGAAUUAACAAACUGUUGCGUUUUUACGGAUAACAUGAAAUUUCAUAACUUAAAUACCAAAAAGUUAUUAAUCAAAAUAAUAAAUAACAAUAAUAACAAAUUAUUUAAGAUAAAGUAUUUAAUAUAUAUAAAAUAUUACAUAAAAUAUUUAAUAAAAUAAAAUAAAAUCACAAAUAUAUAUGUGUAUAUCAUAAGUGUUCAACAUAUGCUUUUACCUGUACGUACCUAAGUAAUUUUUUUUAAA